UCUCCUGACUGCAGAAGGGAGCGUCUCAGGCGAUGUGAGAGUCGAGGCUGUAUCUGGAGCGCUGGGUGUUUCUGAGGCGGGGGGCAGGAUGAGCGCACGCGAGGGGGCUGCAAACCACAGCAGGUUCGGCUGACAUCCUGCCUCUCUGUAGCUGCUCCGUCUCACUCCCGCUCCUCGCCACCUCUCAGCCUGUUCCAGGAUCCUGCUGGAGCUCGGUUCUGAGAUGGGCAGUAAAGCGUUACCGGCGCCGGUCCCGCUGCACCCCGCGCUGCAGCUCAACUUCUCGCUCCUGCAGACGCUCAACGCGCUCCCCGCCGCCGCGGACCCUCGGUACGGCCUGAGCUCGCUCCAAGCCCUGCAGAUGAACCACUGGAGCCUGGGCUACCCGCCCGUUCAGGGCCUCGUGGACCCGCGCUUCGCCUUCUCCGCCGCUCUGCCGUUCGCCGCGCACCUCUUCCACCCCAAACACGGAUCCGCGCUGCACAAGGACAGACCCAGGUUCGACUUCGCGAACCUCGCGGCGGCGGCCACGCAGCAGGAUCCGCCCAAACCGGGCGAGCUGGCCAAACUCUCCCCGGAGCGCAAGCCCGCGCGCGGCAGACUCCCGUCCAAAAGCAAAAAGGAAUUUAUCUGUAAGUUUUGCGGGAGACACUUCACCAAAUCCUACAACCUGCUGAUCCACGAGCGCACACACACCGACGAGCGGCCCUACACCUGCGACAUCUGCCACAAAGCGUUCCGGAGACAAGACCACCUGCGAGACCACAGAUAUAUUCACUCCAAGGAGAAACCGUUCAAGUGUCAGGAGUGUGGGAAGGGGUUUUGUCAGUCGCGAACUUUGGCGGUUCAUAAAACUUUGCACUUGCAGGAAUCUCCUCACAAAUGCCCCACAUGCGGAAGAACCUUUAAUCAAAGAAGUAACCUGAAAACUCACCUUCUCACCCAUACAGACCUCAAGCCUUUCUCCUGCGGCUGCUGCGGGAAGCUGUUUCGGCGCAACUGCGACCUGCGACGCCACAGUCUGACACAUAGCCCACAGCAGGACUACUAGCUAGUGCACUAACCAGUGACUCCCACAGCAGGACUGCUAACUAGUGCACUAACCAGUGACUCCCACAGCAGGACUGCUAGCUAGUGCACUAACCAGUGACUCCCACAGCAGGACUGCUAGCUAGUGCACUAACCAGUGACUCCCACAGCAGGACUACUAGCUAGUGCACUAACCAGUGACCCUCACACACGCUAACUCUGCUCUCCGCCUCUGCCUCAACAGACUCUGUGAACUGGUGAAAAUAAAGUUUUGAUGGUUGUUUGUGUUAUCGAGGCGUUUGGAGCUGAUGGGAGGAUUCCUCGUGUGUGAAUAAAGGCUGAUCUGCUCUCACGAGCGCAGGAUUAAUGCAGUAAUGUGUUUCAGCGCGAGUGAGAAGAG